UCCCUUGGCUACAAAGUCUCCCUUGCUUCGUCUUCACCCAAUCUUCCAGAUUCAAUGGCGACGGCGACGGCGGCGGAGGCGGUGGAGGAGGAUACUCCGAUGAGGUCGGCGGAGCGGCAUUUCCAUGCUGCAAGAGGUAAGCGGGUUCCGAGUAAGUCGAAUUCGAACACCCUGUGCAAAGCCCUAAUUGUGGUCAUUCUCCUCUUCGUCAUACCACUGUUUCCUUCACAAGCGCCCGAUUUCAUAAGCCAGGGGGUUUUCACGGAGUUUUGGGAGAUUCUCCACCUCCUCUUCAUUGGAAUCGCGGUUUCCUACGGCUUGUUCUGCCGGAAAUGCCAUCCGUUGAUUGACGCCGAUCCAGUCCCGCAUUCGAGAACCGAGGAGCCGCGUGCGUAUUUCUCUGGUAUUGAUCACUUAUCUUCCUUCUUUGAUGAUGGAUUUGAGAGCAUGACUGCGCUUGAUGAGCGCGAUUCGACAUCUAUUUAUGGUAGGGAUAAACCCGCGGUUCAUGAAGGCUCGCAAAUUAGGGCUUUGAAUGUGAACGGGUAUAAUUUUGGGGGAAAUGCAGGAAGCGUGAAUCAAUCGUGGUGUUCACAAUACUUGAAAAGUGAAUCCUUAUUGGUUGUUUCUAGCGGGAAAAAGCUUGUAGGUGAAAGCUCCGAAAUCAAGCCAUUGAAUCUGCCGAUUAGGAGCCUGAGAUCGUCCAUUGUAGAUACUGAAAAACUGAAAUCGAAUUGCAGCCCCAAAAUUGAGGCUAAUGGCGAUGAGGAUACUCCCAAAGUCCUAAAACUCCGCGGUGUUGCUCCCAUUAAUUUAGAGAAGAAGUUUGAUGAAGUAGCUGGACCAUCACCGAUCCCCUGGCGCUCGAAUUCCAGUCGGGCAGGAAGCAGAGAAGACAAGAACAACGCCAAGGUGCACGCCCAUAGCCGUAGCCGGCCUCAUUCUGUGGGUGAAUUUGAAUUCGAGCGCAUCAAAUCGAGUUCUUAUCCAGUUCCAAAGUUUUCCACCUCUCCUGAAUUGGUGAGCCCUACUGUGGAGAGUGUAGAGCAGAGGAAUGGCUUUUCAGGUUCUCGUUCGAAAGUGGCUCCUCUUAAUGGUGAAGGAUUACCCUUUAGUGAAAAUGGUUGGUUAUUUAAUGAAGAAAAUGAUAGAGUAGGAAAAGGGAAGCAUGCUAUCGAAUCUUUAGAGUCAGGAUUCGAAUCUUCAGCCUUUGGAAAUCUGUCGUCGAAGCCCAAGUCAGUUAGGACAAUCAAGCCAAGAAGGUAUGCUAUGGAAGAACAGAAGCAAUUCUUGAGCCAGAUGGAUCAGAGGCUCGGGAGAAUACGUAAACAGUCUGAAGCAGCAGAAAAUUCGGAAAACCAAGCAACUGGAGAUGAACAAGAAAGCCCUCUUUCAGAAGCGAAAUCAAAAUUCAAUGAGUUUGGAAAUGAAGAGAAGGAAGGUGUCGACAACAGAAAUGAUGUUUCUGAACAUGAAGAAGAGAUCGAGAGUAAAGUUAGCGAGGAUCCACUUGAAGAUGAUCCUAAAACCAACCUUGAUAUUGAUUCAGAACUUGAAGGGAGCGAAGUUGAUAGAAAAGCUGGCGAGUUUAUAGCCAAAUUCAGAGAGCAAAUACGGCUCCAGAAGGUUACAUUGACAGAGGGAUAAAGAAAGCCGAUUAAAUCAUUCAUCCUUUGUAAUAUUUUGUAAUUAGGAUAGUCCAUAUAUAUAUAUAUUUUAUUUUUUUUAAACGGUACCCGUCAGCCAGCCAGCCGGCGUAAGUUGAGUGACUGUAUUAGCUUGGAGGGAUGACUCUCAUUUGGUAACUAUUGCUUGCCCUCGAUCUUGCAAAUAUGUUAUUGAUCAUGAUGAUGAGGAGAUGUUUAUGUGUUGGGGUGGGGUGGGGUGUUGAUGAUUGUGAACCAAAUGUUGUUUUAAUUAUAAUAGCCUGAAUCCAUCCACAAAUGGUAGAUGUGAAUCACAUGGUACUUGUCACACCCCACCCCACCCCACCCUGUUAUGUAUGUACUUAUUUAUUAUGUAUGGAUAGAUGGAUGGAUUCUUUAUCCAAAUGGCAGCAUUUCUUUUAUCUCUUGUUGUGGAUUUUGUAUAUAUAUAUAUAUAUAUAUGUUGUUGUAAGGGCUUGGUUUGGUGUGUUUGU